ACUCACCACUCACCACCAACCAAUGCUUCCCUGACCCCCCCUUCCUCUCUCUCUCUAUAUGUAUCUAGCGUAUGCACAUGUAUGUAUAUAGACUCAAUAAUUGCACACUUUUGUAGUUUUCUGAGUUACGAGCAAAAAGCUUUAUACUCGGUAAUCAAUCAUACAAAUUUCCAUACAGUUGGUGGACCUUGCCACUUCAUUUCUGCCAAGUUUUGUGGGUAGCGGCGGAUCAAAAUAGGCGGCGGCGGGAUAUGGAAAUAGAGGCGGCGGCGAGUAUUGAGGAAGGUGGGGUGCGGAGGCAGGGGGCGGCGUACUUGGUGUGGGAAGAUUUAACGGUGGUGUUGCCAAAUGGCGGCCCAACAAAGAAGUUGCUCCAUGGCCUCAGUGGCUAUGCCCAACCUGGUAGAAUUAUGGCUAUAAUGGGUCCUUCUGGUUCCGGCAAAUCAACCCUUCUUGAUUCCUUAGCAGGUAGGCUGUCAAGUAAUGUUGUCAUGACUGGUAAUAUUCUUCUUAAUGGGAAGAAGAGGAGACUGGACUAUGGUGCUGUUGCUUAUGUGGCACAAGAAGAUGUGCUGCUAGGAACCCUGACACCCAGAGAAACCAUCACUUACUCAGCCAAACUGCGCCUUCCAACCACCUUAACUGAUGAUGAAAUAAAGCAAAUUGUGGAGGAAACAAUCAUGGAAAUGGGGCUUCUGGAUUGCGCCGAUCGCCUCGUGGGGAACUGGCAAAUGAGAGGCAUAAGUGGUGGGGAGAAGAAGAGACUAAGCAUUGCUCUUGAAGUUCUUGUGCGCCCACAUAUUCUCUUUCUUGAUGAGCCAACCAGUGGUCUUGACAGUGCUGCGGCGUUUUUUGUGGUUCAUGCUCUCAAAAACAUUUCUUCUGAUGGGAGAAUAGUUGUUUCUUCCAUUCACCAGCCUAGCAGUGAAGUUUUUGCACAGUUUGAUGACCUCUAUUUGCUGUCUGGAGGAGAGACUGUUUAUUUUGGGGAAGCAAAAAUGGCCAAAGAAUUCUUUGCAGAAGCAGGGUUUCCAUGUCCGAGUCGACGGAAUCCUUCCGACCAUUAUCUGCGCUGUAUUAACUCCGACUUUGACAUUGUGACAGCAACAUUGAAAGGAUCACAGAGAAUUCAGGAAACUCAUAAAAGUGAUUAUCUGAUGAAUAUGGCAACAGCAGAUAUCAAAGCACUGCUAGUUCAAAAUUAUAGAAGCUCAAAAUAUGGUACUAGGGCCAGAGACAAGUUGCAAGAAUUUUCCAAGAUUCAAGAUAUUGAGAUACAGUCCAUUAAAGGUAGCCAGGCUGGGUGGGGAAAACAACUCAAAACUUUGACACAGAGAUCCUUCUUGAACAUGAACCGCGAUGUGGGAUAUUAUUGGUCGCGCAUAGUUAUUUAUAUACUUGUUGCUCUAUGUGUUGGCACCCUGUUCUUCAAUGUCGGGACCAAAUACUCAUCCAUCUUGGCCCGGGGAGCGUGCGGUGGAUUUGUAACGGGAUACAUGACUUUCAUGUCUAUUGGCGGCUUCCCUUCGUUUGUAGAAGAAAUGAAGGUUUUCACCAAAGAAAGACUGAAUGGACAUUAUGGGGUUGGAGCUUUCAUACUAGCAAACUUCUUCUCUUCCUUCCCAUUUCUGGUUGGGAUUUCAGUCAUGACUGGGACCAUUGUGUUUUACAUGGUGUACAAAGCAAGCUUUUCUCAUUUUGUGUUCUACUGCCUGAAUCUGUUUGGAUGUAUUGCAUUGGUUGAGAGCUGCAUGAUGAUUGUAUCUGCACUGGUUCCCAACUUCUUAAUGGGAAUUAUUGUUGGCGCUGGAGUUCUUGGAGUUAUGAUGAUGACGGCUGGCUUUUUCCGUUUGUUGCCAGAUCUUCCAAAGCCAAUCUGGCGAUAUCCUGUUUCGUUCAUAGGUUACGGGGCAUGGUCACUACAGGGAGGAUACAAGAACGAUCUACUCGGCCUGGAUUUCGACCCACUUUUUCCAGGCCAAUCCAAAUUGUCAGGAGAGGAUGUAAUACGACAUAUGUUUGGGUUGCCACUGGAUCAUUCCAAAUGGUGGGAUUUACUUGCCCUGUAUUGCCUUAUUGUAUGCUACAGAUUCACCUUCUUCCUGGUUCUCAAGUUGAAGGAGAGGAGUGGACCAUUUCUCCGUUCGGUUUAUGCUAAGAGGAAACUGAAACGCCUCAGGAAACGGCCUUCAUUCAUGGCGGCGAAGCCAUCUUUUCCUUCCAAAAGGCACCAACCGCUCCAUUCUUUGUCUUCCCAAGAGGGUCUUAGCUCUCCCAUCCCUUAGGAUAUCAUCAAUAAAUUUAUAAAUCAUACCAUGUUCUGUAUUAUAGAAAUUAAAGUACUCUCCUCUGGAUAGUUACCCACUUUAUUUUUUGAAUAA